UCUGAUCCUGUGUUCCCCCACCUUCUUUACCUCUCAGACCUCAUCUCCUACUAUUCACCCCCUCCUCGUUCCUUUCUAACCAUUCUGGCUUGUUCUACAAACACACCAGUCACCUUCCUUACGGCCUUUGCACUAGCUCCUUCUUAGGAUGCCUUUCCCACAGGUAUCCACAUGGCUAACUCCUUCAACAGCUUUGAGGCAUUGGUCAAAUGUCAUUUUAAUAAAGCUCACCUUGACCACGUUCUUUAAAAUUGCAAUAUUCCACCCCCCACCACUCCUUAUCCCCUUCACCUCUAUUUUCUUCUUAGCAUUUAUCACCUAUUAUCCUAUAUAAUUUACUUAUUAUGUGUAUUAUUUAUUGUCUGCCCCACUAGAAUAUAAGUCCCAUGAGAGCAGGAAACUUUGAUGUUUUAUUUACUGAAGUAUUUCAAGUACCUAAAAAUGCUUGACACAUAGUAGGCAGUCCAUAAAUAUUUGUUCAACACAUUAGUGGGAAGCCAUUGAAGACUUUAAGUAAGAAAAUGACAUGAUCAUGUCUUAAAAGAUUGCCUUACUCUUUGGAGAAUGGAUUGUAGAAUGAAUUAUGGAAGUAAGAGAGUUUGGUGAAGGAGGUUUGGCUAUGAAGGGGAAGAGAGUGGGUCAUGCGGGAGGGAUUGGAGGAGCAGGACCCUGAGCUCAGACAAUUUAGGAGGAGGGACCAUUCCUUCAUAUAAUGGGGGAAAGGAGAAGGAAAGUACAGAUGGAGGUAAGUUUGUGCAUUCAUUUUUUUCUCUCAAGGAGGAAGCAAACUCUUGAUGACAAUGAGGUGAUGAAGUCAAAAGUUUGAGAAGAGAGUUUGAACCAGAGGCUCAGCAGGAACUGCAGUAUAGCAGAGCCUAAGAUUGCAGGAUCUGGAGGCAGACAUUUUGGGUUUGAAUGGACAAGUGGCUUAAUCUCUACAAGCCUCAGUUUCUUCAUAACUAAAAUGGAAGUAAUACAGUCAUGUGCCACAUAACGACAUUUGGGUCAACGACAGACCUCAUAUACGAUGGUGGUCCCAUAAGAUUAGUACCAUAUGGCCUAGGUGUGUAGUAGGCUACAUACUGCCUAAGUUUGUGCCAUCAUGAAGAAACUACGAGCAGCUGUGGGAAGUCGUUGCAGGAAGCAGGCAUCCAGCCAGGAGGGAAGGGAGAUAUGUGCCCUCAGCAGCAGCCAGGUCAAGCCUUCUGCCCCUAAUGCCUAUAUGGGGACAAUCCCUGAGUUUCCUGAGGCCCCAGCAGGCCUGGCCGGGCAGCAGAAGGAGGUGGUAUUGCAGGCCUCCGUCUCCCCGUACCAUCUAUUCAGAGACACAGCUGAGGUCACAGUCUUCCGGGAGAGUCUGCUGAGCUGGUACGACCAAGAGAAGCGGGACCUACCCUGGAGAAGGCUGGCAGAGAGUGAGGUGGACCUGGACAGGCGGGCAUAUGCUGUGUGGGUCUCAGAGGUCAUGCUGCAGCAGACCCAGGUUGCCACGGUGAUCAACUAUUAUACCCGAUGGAUGCAGAAGUGGCCAACCCUGCAGGACCUGGCCAGUGCCUCCCUGGAGGAGGUGAACCAGCUCUGGGCUGGCCUAGGCUACUACUCUCGAGGCCGGCGGCUGCAGGAGGGAGCCCGGAAGGUGGUAGAGGAGCUAGGGGGCCACGUGCCACAUACAGCAGAGACUCUGCAGCGGCUCCUGCCUGGUGUGGGGCGGUACACAGCCGGAGCCAUUGCUUCCAUUGCCUUUGGCCAGGCAGUCGGUGUGGUGGAUGGAAAUGUAGUACGGGUGCUCUGCCGUGUCCGAGCCAUUGGUGCUGAUCCCAGCAGCACCUUUGUCUCCCAGCAGCUCUGGAGUCUAGCCCAGCAGCUAGUAGACCCAACCCGGCCAGGGGACUUUAACCAAGCAGCCAUGGAGCUGGGGGCCACAGUGUGCACCCCGCAGCACCCACUCUGCAGCCAGUGCCCCGUGCAGAGCCUGUGCCAGGCACGCCAGAAAGUGGAGCGGGAGCAGCUCUCAGCCUCACAGAGCUUGCCAGGCAGUGCUGAUGUGGAGGAGUGUGCUCCCAACACUGGACAGUGCCAGCUCUGCGCGCCUCCCUCAGAGCCCUGGGACCAGAGCCUGGGAGUGGCCAACUUUCCCAGAAAGGCCAGCCGCAAGCCCCCCAGGGAGGAGUGCUCUGCCACUUGUGUUCUGGAGCAGCCCAGGGCCCUUGGGGGUGCCCGAAUUCUGCUGGUGCAGAGGCCCAACUCAGGUCUGCUGGCAGGACUGUGGGAGUUCCCAUCUGUGACCACGGAGCCCUCAGGGCAGCAUCAGCGCAGGGCCUUGCUGCAGGAACUGCAGAAUUGGGCCGGGCCCCUCCCGGCCACCCGCCUCCAGCACCUUGGGCAGGUGGUCCACACCUUCUCUCACAUCAAGCUGACAUAUCAAGUAUAUGGUCUGGCCCUGGAAGGGCAGACCCCGGUGACUGUCGCACCACCUGGCGCUCGCUGGCUGACCCGGGAGGAGUUUCACACUGCAGCUGUCUCUGCCGCCAUGAAAAAGGUGUUCCGCGUGUAUGAGGGCCAACAGCCGGGGACCUGCAAGGGUUCCAAAAGAUCCACUCUGUCCAGCCAGAAAAAGCUGAGCCCAGGCCAGCAGGUCCUGGAUAGUUUCUUUCAGCCCCACAUCCCCAAUGAUACAAACUUCAACAGUGCGGCCCAGUGACGCCUCUGGAAGCCCCAUCCCGCUGAGAAUUUGUUUAAUAAAGUGCUUAUUUUUGUAGAUGU